UUUCCUUCCUCUCUUUUAAAGGUUGGGUGGUUGAAAAUACAUUAAUUUGUCCAGCUAGAGGUUCAAACUUUUGAUUAAAAGUUCCAUCAUGGCUAAAGAAAUGAAAGAUCUUCAGAAACGGUGGCACUCCUUGAUGAAAACCAUACACAGCAAUUCACAUGUCGUUGCUUUUAUGAACUCCCAGCUUGGCCAGUACUUAGACAGCCAUCCCUUUGUCGCCUUGUCCCUGCUGGUGUUCUUGGCAGUGUCUGCAGUUCCUGUUGCAUUCUUUCUGAUUUUUGCAGUUUCCACAAGUGUCAUUGCCUGCAUUGGCGUGGUCAUCCUAGAAGGUUUUGUGGUGUCUCUGGGAGGCAUCACCCUGCUUUGUGUGCUCGGUGGACUGGGUUUGGUGUCUUUGGCAGUUUCUGGUGUGCUGAGCAUUAGCUAUGUGGCACUUACAACCAUGCUCAAGUACUGGUCUGCUCCAAACGGUCUGUCAAAGAAAGAAGCAGCUAAUGGAAUCAGCUCACUGCCGAGCAGCUCUCCUGCCUCAGACGAGCCUACCACUAAUAAGAGUGAAUAAAUCGAACCAGUUCUCAGAACCCUUCAUCCAGCAGUGCUUGCAGCCUAUAGAUUUGAAGGAACUGUUGCAUUCUCAAAAUGUUUUGUGUCAGAAUGGCAAAAGUUCCAUUCAUUGUUUACAGGAGCAAAAAUAAAUCUAUCAUUAAAUGUGUUGUCUCAUUAAUGCUGCUUCAGACAUGGGGAAAAAUCCAGUAAUUGCAAGGAGGAUCCUGUUCAUUUUCUCCAGGUUUAUCUCCCAUGUAGGUCAAUGGAUGUCAGGUGUCAGGAGCGGGUGUUCAUCUGAUUGCAUAACUCAGAGGUGAAAGGUCUUCUGCUAACAAGGUGUUAACUGUCAACAGCACCAGGGGUAACACUUCUUUCAUUUUGAAUGUGGAAAAUCACUUUCAAGCCUUAAAUUUCUUCCAGCACCUUUUUGAUGGAAAAAGAAGCCUGGGCCCCGUUUAAAAGAUAGCUGGGAAGGAUUUAAAAGGGGAUGUUUUUCCUUAUUGUGUGUGUGUGUGAUUUUAAUUGCUCCUGUGAAUGUUACGUGUUUUAUAUUAUUUGGCAGUGAUAUCUUUAGUUGCCUCUUUUUCUCAUGAAGGCUGGUGCAGGAUGGCGGGGCAGGGUGUUGCCUUAUUGUACAUUGUGUGUUUUAAAAUAUCUGUAUUUUGGGUCAGGUUUUUCACAUUUUUUAAAAAAUACUGUUUUUUUUUUUUUUUUGCAUAGCUGGGGAUGCUGUUCUCAGCUACACUCAAGUCAUUAAAACUGCUGCUUGUCAGUCUGA